AGGGUUUCAUACAAAAUCAGUAAACCACACACACCAUAGCUGGCAGCAUAAGAAUCCCACAUUCUCAUUCUCUUGAGUCAGUCAUAAAAAGCAAGUUUGCCUGCACAUUCACAAACCCCAAGGAAAAAUGGAACAGAUAAGAAGUUCUUCACAUCUUCUGUUCUCAACUCUCUCUUGUCUUCUCCUCCUUCUUUUAUGUUUCUCAGGAUCUGUUGAGGCUUACAAGAAUUACACAGUGGGAGAUUCUUUAGGCUGGUUUGACAAUCUUGAGAAUCCUAAAGUCAAUUACCAGAAGUGGGUUGUCAAUAAAGAGUUCAGCUUGGGAGAUUUCCUCAUUUUCAACACGGACAACAACCACUCUGUUGUUCAGACAUACAAUUUUACCACAUACAAACAAUGUGACUAUGAAGAUGCACAAGAUAAGGACACAAUCCAAUGGUCAGCAUCUGAUCCGUCAAAUACUCAGAUACAUCCUGUGUCAGUACCAGUUCCUUUGGUGAAGGAAGGGAUGACAUAUUUCUUUUCAAGUGACUAUGAUGGUGAGCAAUGCAUGAAUGGUCAACAUUUCAAAAUAAAUGUGACUUAUGGACAAGGGUUGCCUAAAAGUCUUAAAAAUUCCCCAGAAGAUGCUCCAUCUCCUGCUAGUCCAGUUUCUGGAGACGAUGAUUCAGCACCAGACACAGUUGUUCCUGCCAAUUUCAGCAAUCCCCAGGGAGAAACUGGUGAUGACACAACCAACAAGAAAUCUAGUUCUGUUUCAAUCACAAUGCAUGGACAACUUCAGAACAUAAUUUACGGGUCCCUUAUCUUGUUAGGGAUAAUUUUAUUGUUUUAAAGAGUCAAGAGAGACCCUUAAUUUAUUUCAUAUUAUUUUUUAUAGAUGUUAUUAUUUUCUCUAUUUUUUUAUUAGGUGUGGGAGGGUUGAGCGAUUGAAUUGUGAGUUAGGGUAUACCAGAUAUAUUAUUGUAAACUAAAAAUAAUAUAGCUAUUACA